CAGGAGGCUGCCAUGCUGUCUCGCAUGAGGCACCCCAACAUCGUGUCCUUCAUGGGCCUGUGCACACUGCCGCCGUGCAUUCUGACAGAGUAUUGCGAGCGCGGCUCUCUCUACGACGUCCUGCAAGCCGCCGCCAAGCGGCCAGAGCGCGCCGCGGCGCUGACGUGGCGGCUGCGCCUCAAGAUGGCGCUGGAUGCCGCCACAGGCCUCAUGUACCUUCACCGCCGCUCCCCGCCCAUCAUCCACCGAGACGUGAAGAGCCCCAACCUGCUGGUGGACCACUCCUGGUGCGUAAAAGUCGCAGACUUCAACCUCAGCAAGAUCAUGGGCCCGCAGCAGCCCUCGGUGCUGAGCACCAGUGGCGGCGCCAGCAACCCGGUCUGGCUGGCGCCCGAGGUGCUGGAGGGAGGCAGGGCGACCGCCGCCUCCGACACCUACUCAUUUGGCCUGGUGUUGUGGGAGCUGCUGACGUGGCGGCUGCCGUGGGCGGGCAUGGCGCCCCUGCAGAUCAUGCGGCUGGCCACCAGCGGCCAGCGACCAGAGUGCCCCGAGCGAGGCUCGCUGCCAGGCCCAGGCAGCGAGGAGUUUGGGGGUCUGGAGGAGUACUGCCAGCUCAUCAGGGACUGCUGGGCGCAGCGGCCUGAGGAGCGGCCCCUGUUCAUCGACGUGGUGCCCCGCCUGCGCGGCCUGCUGGAGAGCGCCGCGGAGCAGUGAUGCCAAGGGACGGCACGCGGCGGCGGCUGGCCUGGCGGGAGCGCACGGCUGGGGGACCGUGGGAUAUGCUGCUUGUGCCAGCCGCCCCUCGCUUCACAUCUUCAUUUGUCACCGAUCGAUCGUUGGACAAAGUGUUCGUUUGCAACUUUCUUUCAGCC